GGGAGCGGCACCGGAUGUGGGGAGCUUUGGUUGGCGCCCCCUCGCGGCGCGGAGGGGGAAGGCGGCUGCCGCUGCAACUGCUGCCGGAGGAAGGGCGGCUGCUGGAGGAGAUCGGGGCGGCGCGGCUGGAACCGGAACCGGAAACGGGGAGACCGGAAGUGGGCGGGAAAAGGCCGAGAAGCUGCGGACCGGAAGUGGGAGCGGAGGGACCGGAUGAGGGAAGCAAAAGGCCGAGAAGCUGCGGACCGGAAGUGGGAGUGAAGGGACGGGAAGUAGAUGGACCGGAAGUGGGAACGGAGGGACCGGAUGUGGGAAGCAAAAGUCCGAGACUGUGCGGAAUGGCGGUGGAGGCUGAGGGAGUGGAAACGGAGGGACAGGAAGUUGGUGAUGAGGGAGCGGAAGUUGAUAACGAAAGUCCGGAAGUGAGAUCCGAGGGACUGGAAGCGGUGAGACCGGAAAGUGAGAGGUCGGAGGUUGAAACUGACGGACCGGAAAUGGAGGCAGAGGCACCGGAAAUAAAAGUGGAGGGACCGGAAGCCGAAGCGCACCGGGAGCGCCGUUUCCGGGUGUACCGGGACCUGUGGGGGCGGGGGCUGCACCUCACGGCCGGCGGCAAAUUCGGGGCGACUUCCUGGUGUAUCCCGGUGAGGAUGUGGGGCGCGGGGGCCCUGUGGGGCGCUAUGGGCUUCCUGGGGGGCUUCCGUGGGUCGCUGCGGGGUCUCUAUGGAUUUUUAAGGGCUGUAUGGGAUCGUGGGGGAACUCUGCGGGGUCCCUGUGGGUCCCACUGGGGUCUCUGUGGGUCUUUAUGGGAUGUCUGCGGGUCUCUGUAGGCGCUAUGGAGACCUUGGGAACUCUGUGGGGUCACCAUGGUUCUCUGGGGGUCUCUGUGGGUCUCUAUGGAUCUUUAUAGGAUCUCUAUGGGUUCUCUGCGGGUCUUUAUGGGCUCUCUGGGAUCCUGGGGAGCUCUAUGGGGUCUCUGUGUGUCUCAAUGGGGUCCCUAUGGAUGUCUGUGGGGCCUCUAUUGCAUCUCUAUGGAUCCUAAGUGGGGUUUCUGUG